CCCACCUGUAAAGCUCCUCCGCUUUUUUCUGCCACUGCCACUGCGCCUAUCUCUUCCUAUGCCCUCUCCCCCCUGCUUCUUCCCCUCUCUCUCGUCCCUUUCUUUCUUGCUCCUUCCGAUCGAGGAAAAAAGGGAAAGCCAUAAAUUAAGAUGGCGACGACCGAUCACGAGGCGGCGGGCUACAGCAGCGGCGCCCGGCUCCUUGUCUGGGACUGCGGCAGCGCGCUCUACGACUCCUACGAGCUCGCCGCCUUCACGCGGCAGCUCGACGCUGCCGUGCUCUCCUGCGGCCGGUCGCUCUCCAUGCCGCACCUCACGGCCGCAACACCGCCGGUGCCGGCCGACGCCCAGCUGCAGGGGACAGGCCGGCGCAGGAGGAGGCGCCUGCCGGCUCUGCUCCGGAGGCUGUUCUCCAAGGUGCUGCGGCUGCGCUUGUCGUCCCCCGGCGUGGCGCGGCGCGCGCCCUACCGGAUGCGAGAUGACGGAGCCGGGUCGCCGUGGUCCGGCGCCCUGACGUCCAUACCCGAGGAGCAGAGCUCCAGCAGCCCUGAGAUAGGGUCAUCGCCGAUGGAGCCGGGCACGAGAGCGCUGCGGAAGACGCAGUCGGAGCGCUUCAUCGGCGGCAAGACGGCGCCGUCCGUGCUGCAAUUCGACGUCGUCUUGUAGCUAUGCAAGUACGAAGAAAAUAUUCAGUGUCGGUAUGUAUAGCACUGUAUGUAUGUGUAAAUUAUAUUGCAAGAAAUUAUGUAGUCCAAAUUUCAUCUAGUGAUGAAGUUUCAUGGCAUUAAGAAAAAGUUCCAUGAGCAAAAACUGCAUUCAGUUCAGCGCUGCAAUAUAGGCCCAAAUUUCAUA